AAGAAGUCAUGUUAGAUGCCUGGUCUGCCUACUCAAAGCCGGUGCCUUCAAGCUGCAGUGAGCUCCUGACUUUAUUUCUUCAGUGCUGCUGCAUUGCUGUGCUCACAGGUGGCCUCCUCUAUAACUGGAUGUUCUCCUCGCUAGAGUAUCCAUUUCACCUCUCCUCUGCAAUUGCUGUUUCCUUCAGUCUGCUACUUCUACUGAUCCUCUUCUUGGUGCAUCCUGUCCGCUGCAUGUUCACCAUAAUCAUACCUACGUUGGGCACUAAACAAGGCCGGAGGCUUCUCUUAUCCACCUGCUUCAUGAUCGUGGCAGUUAAUAUCAUACCAAACAUCAUGGACAACAUUAAAACCAUACUGCAGGUUAUUAAAUGCAUUUGCAAGAAUUACUCAGACAGCCUUUUGAACUCAACAAUCCUAUUGGGAACAGCUUCCACGCAGUUUGGUCACCAAGUCAAAGAAGUCACUGACAACAUGGCAGAUAACUUUCUGACGCCCAGGAAUGGACAUUUUCAGUAUGCUGUGGAUCACAGUAGUUCCUUGGUGAGGGAGCAAGUACUCAUCGCUAGUCAGAAGAUCAAGGAUGAUUUCUCUGCUGUUGAAUUGCUGGUCAAACAGGCAUUGCUCGUAGCCAACAGGGUGGCUGCUGGCUUUUUCCUGUUCUAUCUCCUUUUUGAGUCCGCUUGGUAUUUGAAAAGCUAUCUCACCAACCUCCGAUUUGACAACAUUUACAUCACCAAAAAGCUGGAGGUCUUGGCUGUGGACAAGAAAGCAGCCCAUCUGCUGACACACUCACCCAAAAAACUGAUCAGAUCCACCGGCUUGAAGCUGUCCCGGGAGGAAAUGGUGGUGUGCCUGGUGCGCAUGCUGCUCCUCACUUUGGUCCUGAUGGUGACAGCGGUGAUCAUAGCAACGGACUACGUCGCCUUCCACUUGGCAGAUACAACAAUGAAUGAGGUGGUUCAGUUUCCCACGGUGCCCAUAACGCUCAACAUUAAAUACAAUGCCAAAAUAAGCAUUCUGCCCUUUAUCUCGAAAAUUUUCAAUGGAGUCAUUUCUGGAGAACAAUCCAUUGUGAACUUUGAAAGAACUUACCAGCAGAAUCUGACCUUCAUCUCUGCCGAUUGCACAAUUAAACAGCCAAGCCCCCCAAACAACUUUGUGGCCCUUGCUGUCGGAAUGCUCUAUUGCAUCAUCUAUGCCAUGCUAUUUCUGGAAACCUACGCACAACGUUUGUGCCGAAAAAUCUCUGCCUCCUUCUUCGAGGGACAAGAAGAGCGGAGAGUCCAGUACCUCUACAGGGCACUAUUAAGGAAAUACAACAAGAAGGAGCAGCAACUGCAGCAAAAGCUGAGAGCGGAUUUGUAAAUAUCCUGCAUGCUGGCAUUCCUGGGAUGUUAUGACAGAAGAUGACAGAGAUGCUUUAGGCACUAUGCCAUGACAAUCUUUUUUUGGAUAGUUCAGCCUGGGUUUUGUCUUCAAAGUCAGGGGUAGGGAAUAUAUGAAAUAUGGGCACAAAACCACAAAAAUCUCAAAAUCGAAGGAUUUUGUAUUUUGCUUUAGUGUUGCAAAAAUGGCCAAGUUUUAUGGGGUUUUUUUCUUUUCUUUUGCUCAGCUCCAGGACACUUUUACAACAAAAAUGGUCCUACUAUAAGCAAAAAAACCCAGCGUGCUCAAGAUUUCAAAUUUUAUUCUGAUGCAGAGCAAAUUUGGCCUCAAAACGUGCAAAAAUGAAAACAAAUUUGCAUAUUUUUAUGCAAAUACAAUAAAGUCACAAAAAUGUCAAGAAAAGCACAAUUUGACUCUGUCCUGGAAUUUAAUUUUGCAAAAAGAUCAUGCUGUUUUUGCCCAGCCCUAGCCAGAAUGUAUUUGUGCAGAGUUAUAGUCUGUUUCACUUGUGCUAUGUUAAAUAUUUAUACAUUUUGAGAGAGAGAAAUUGCUUAAAACUUUAUUGAUCUAUGGGGAGAAAUAUGUAACUUCCGGUCCAAUGAUUGGCAUUGGCCUGGAUGUCCUGGAUAUUGUCUAUUCUUCACUCGGGGUGAUGUAACCCACAGCCACUUAGUGUCUCCUCCUAGUGGUGACUGGGCCACAUAUAGAAGUUGAUGAGCCUAUUACAGCCUCAGUUAACACAUUUAGCUCAGGCAAUAGAAGCUCACGGUUUUAGAUCCAGAUAUCCCAGAUGCAGACCCACCCAGAGAUAUGGCAUAACACUGACACUACGUGAAAAUGGGGUUUCAACGACUGACCUGCCGUUAUCAAGCACCAUAGAGUAUGUCUAUACUGCAUUUUGGAGCGAGCCUCCCAGUGCAGGUUGACAGACUCUGGUUAGCGGGACACAUGCUAGCACUCUCAAAAGAGCAGCGUAGACAGGUCUUUGAAGUUGCAUCUUGGGCUGGAGCUCAGGCUGUGAAGUCCACCCCCCGGCUUCAGAGCCUGAGCUCCAGCCUGAGUCACUUCACAGCGUUGUCUACACCACUAUUUUUAGAGUGCUAGUGCAAGCUCCUCUAGCCUGAAUCUGUUGACCCAGGUUGGGAGGGAAUACACCCCUGUAUUCACACCCUCCACACUAUUGUAAUAAUCUUUGUACAAAGUAUGCCUUGCAAAGUGUCAUUUGAAAACUCAUCAUUUGCUGGUCAGUAUUGUCCUAAUAAAAUAUAUGUGGCAACAUGUAGGCAUAGUUACAAGAUUUCCCUGUAUAAUGUUAUUAACACGUUUCAAAUCUCACAGCCCUGUCCAGACAGAAGUUGACAAACAGGUCUGUCUUAGACAAAGGAAUAUGUGCUCUGCUUAAUUUGCGUUUAAGCAGUAAACAGAGUCAUCAAGCAAGAAGGGAAACAAACACCGCUCAAACAGGUGAGAAAAA